CGUAGAAAAACCCAUCUCUCGUCUUUCAGCAUUAGGGAAGUCCACAUUUCGCUUUACCUUCAAACAGGUAUUGCCAUUGUUCAUUUUCGCAGUGAAGAUCCUGCCAUCUCUCUUCUUCGGGUUUUAAAUCUGAUGAUUUGAAUUUCCAUGUCCGAGUUUGGAUAAUCUCUGUUGUGGAUUUCAUAUCGAUUUCAUUGCGAGAAACAGAGCGAUUUUGAGGGUUUUAUUGAUCCGGACUCUUUCUGUUUUAUCGUAGUUGAUUUCUGGACUUCGAAGUUCUUUUGCUCGUGUCCGGUUUUAGCUCUUCAAUUAGCGAAUUCAAUACACUCGGUAACUGUGAAUAAUCGACCUGGAUUGUACAGGGAGAUCAAAGGUGUGGAAGUUUAAAGAAGGUUAAAGAUUUGACAAGAAAUGGCAAACAGUGCGGUGGAUUGUGCUGAGAGAGCCACGAGCGACAUGCUGAUUGGUCCUGACUGGGCAAUUAACAUCGAGCUGUGUGAUAUCAUUAACAUGAACCCUGGGCAAGCGAAGGAUGCACUCAAGAUUAUCAAGAAACGUCUUGGGAGUAAAAACCCUAAAAUACAACUCCUUGCCUUAUUUGUACUUGAGACUCUAAGCAAAAAUUGUGGAGAGAAUGUAUUUCAGCAGAUUGUGGAGCGGGACAUUUUGCAUGACAUGGUGAAAGUUGUCAAGAAAAAGCCAGAUUUGAAUGUGAGAGAAAAGAUUUUAAUUUUGAUAGAUACAUGGCAAGAAGCUCUGGGGGGGCCACAAGCAAGGUUUCCACAAUACCAUGCUGCCUUUAACGAGCUGAAGGCUUUUGGUGUUGAAUUUCCUCCCCGUGAGGCAAAUAGCAUACCUUUAUUUACUCCACCGCAGACCCAUCCUAUUGUUCACCCUGAAGCUUCAGCUUAUGAGGAAACUGCAGUCCAGCUCUCUCUUGAAUCUGAUCAAUCUGGACUUAGUGUGCUGGAGAUUCAAACAGCCCAGGGCUUAGCAGAUGUUUUGAUGGAGAUGCUUAGCGCCUUGGAUCCUAAGAAUCCUCAGGGUGUAAAAGAAGAAGUGAUUGUAGACCUUGUGGAACAGUGUUGUUCUUACCAAAAGCGUGUCAUGGUUCUUGUGAACAACACUCAAGAUGAGGAGCUUCUUUGCAAGGGGUUGGCACUUAAUGACAAUUUACAACGGGUUCUCCGUCGUCAUGAUGAUAUUGCCACAGGAACCUCCUCUGCUACGUUUGCAACAAAAGAAACCCCUGUUGCACCCCUCAUGAAUGCGAAUAAUGAGGAGGAAGAGUCAGAAGAUGAUUUUGCUCAAUUAGCCCGCAGGUCUUCGAGGGAUACAUCACAAGUACAAGGUCGGAAUCCCAUUGAUGUGAAAAAUGCACCAGUUCGGGUCGGUAAAAUUCUUCCUCCACCAUCAUCGAGGAACCCUCUUACUUCUACUGAUGCUGGAGUGAUUGAUUACCUAAGUGGCGACACAUAUCAGUCCGAAAGAGCAUCUGGGAAUUCAGGAUCUGCACCAACUGCUGCUGCUCCCACCAAUCAAAAUGAUCCAAUCAUGCCACCACCUAUCAAAUCAAGUCCAAAGCUGUCUUCAUCUCCCCCUUCGGAUGAUCUCAUCAAUCCCACUGCAGAUGAUUUCAUCAACCCCACCGCAACAGAUGAUUUCAUCAACCCCACCGCGGAUGAUCUCAUCAAUCCCACUGCAUCCAUGUUUGCUCCGAAAUCUGACCGCAGUGGUUUAGAUCCACUGCCCAAAUCCACAGAUCACUUGCCUCAAGCUUCUCGGAAUGCUCCCCUUGCUGCCAACCUCCCACCACCACCUUCCAGAUAUAACCAGAGGCAACACUAUUUUGAACAGCAGCAUUUAUAUUCUGGCAGUGCUUCUGAUUCCAGUAAGGGGUCGACGACCUCUUAUGAAAGCUUAGUUGGGCAGGCAAAGAGUCUCUCAAUUAAUCCACCGAACCCAACCAAGCAAGAAAAAGAGGAGGAUGUGCUCUUCAAAGAUCUGGUAGACUUCGCAAAAGCCAAGUCCUCGUCAAAACCCAGCAAUAGAUCUUGAGCGACUAUAUAAUGGGCAUACGAUAAUGAAUGGUACAGUUUCUGAUGUUGUGAAUUGUGCUUAGUAUUCCGUACUAUUAAAGAGCAUUUGUUACGAUUUGAUUUGAUGAAGUAUUUGCAUGGGUUCAUUUCAGACAUUUGAGUGGAUUCCCCGCCAGCGUCCACAUCUUCCUGGCGGUGGGAAUCAAGCACCUCCUCCUGAUGCUGAAAAUCCGGCAAGCUCCUGCCAAUGGAAAUCUGGCUCAGGAAGGUAUUCCACUCAGCAUCAGGAGGAGAUGCUUGAUUGCCAGUGUCACGAAGAUGUGGAUGCUGGCGGGGAAUCCACUCAGAUGUAGAGCCUUUGCUUUGCAUAUUGCUAUGGAAUGUUAUUGGUCUGUAAUUAGUAUCUAGCUUGUGGUUUAUGAGUGUUUUCUUUGAUUGGAAUGUGAAAAAAAACACCGAUGAUAUAUAUGGUUUAGAGUGCGUGUAAAGCGGGCAGGCUACAAGCCCUUGUACUC